AUGCCGAGAUACAGUUCCUUAAUCGUGUUGUUCUAUAUAUUUCUUUUAUCUUUUUCUCCUCAAACGACCUUUGUCAAUGCAUCAAGACCAUUAAAGGAAUCCAAUAAGUCAGGGCACACGAGCUUGAAUACAUUUUACACAAGCGGUAGCGAACAAGGAAAACUUCACGGUGGAGCAAUGAAUGAUUGUCUGCCAAAGGGAUUUCGCUUCAACUCUGCUCCUAGCCGCUACAUAAACAACCAUGCUUUAGGUUCAACACUUUGUUCUACAUCAGAUAAAGCCAUUCCCAAGCCAUGA